CCGAAUCCAACAUAAGAGACGCCGAGCGCACUGCCUAAUUUCCGCAGCAUAAUUGCAUCAGCUCCAACUCAGAUUUCUAUUCUCACGAAAACAUUCCAGAGCUCUCUCUCCCGCUCUUCUCUCUCGAACUCAAACCCUAGCUCUCUGAGCUCUCUGUUUGGCUUCAAUGGAUUCUGUCCAAACAAACCUUAACGAUCCCCAAUCUUUUUCUGCACAAAACCAAAAUUUUUACAACCAAAACCCUCCUCCGCCUCCCCAAACCCUAGCGUCCGAUUACCCGCCUCCACCACCGCCGUCACAAAUCGUGGAUUCCGAUCCUUCCCAAACCUUAGGAUCCGCCCCCAACCAUGGCUACAACAACAACAACAGCAGAGUCCAGGUUAAUCAGGAUGCCGAUUCCAAUACUGUUAACAACAAUUCUUCAUGGAAACCUGAGAUGCAGAAGCCUCUACUGUCGGAAAAUGGGUUAACUAACACUCACAGCGGCACCACCGACAAGGAUUAUUCUGGCGGAGAAGAGGAAACCACCAGCAGAAGGAGAAGGAGGAGCCGGUGGGACCCGCCGUCCGAUUCGAACAACAACCAGAGCGGAAAUGAAGAGACGGGUAGUGGAACCAAGAAGAGAAAGUCCCGGUGGGCAGAUGAUGAGCCUAAACCGGUGAUUCAGCUUCCUGAUUUCAUGAAAGAUUUUACUGGAGGUAUCCAAUUUGACCCUGAGAUUCAAGCUUUGAAUAGUAGGUUGCUUGAGAUUAGUAGAAUGUUGCAAUCUGGAUUGCCUUUGGAUGAUAGACCUGAGGGAGCUAGGUCUCCUUCGCCUGAGCCUAUAUAUGAUAAUAUGGGAAUCAGGAUUAAUACCAGGGAAUAUAGGGCAAGAGAGAGAUUGACCAAAGAGCGACAAGAAAUUAUAUCUCAGAUUCUUAAGAAGAAUCCAGCUUUCAAGCCGCCAGCGGACUAUAGGCCACCCAAGCUUCAGAAGAAGCUUUAUAUACCGAUGAAAGAAUACCCGGGUUACAAUUUUAUUGGGUUGAUUAUUGGGCCAAGAGGGAAUACCCAGAAGAGGAUGGAGAAGGAUACAGGUGCAAAGAUUGUAAUUAGAGGUAAAGGUUCAGUGAAGGAAGGUAGGUUGCAGCAGAAAAGGGAUUUGAAGCCUGAUCCUUCAGAGAAUGAGGACUUGCAUGUUUUGGUUGAGGCUGACACACAAGAAUCACUUGAUGCUGCUGCAGCAAUGGUGGAAAAGCUCUUGCAGCCUGUUGAUGAAGUAUUGAAUGAGCAUAAGAGGCAACAGUUGAGGGAACUUGCUGCCUUGAAUGGAACGAUAAGAGAUGAAGAGUAUUGUAGGUUGUGUGGUGAGCCGGGGCACCGUCAGUAUGCAUGUCCUUCACGUACUUCAACUUUUAAGAGUGAUGUUUUGUGUAAGAUUUGUGGUGAUGGUGGGCAUCCAACAAUUGAUUGUCCAAUGAAGGGAACAACAGGGAAGAAAAUGGAUGAUGAAUAUCAGAAUUUCUUGGCUGAGCUAGGAGGUACUGUUCCUGAUUCAGCAACCAAGCAAAACACUACAUCCGCCAGUUCUGGAAGUAAUCCUCCAUGGGCUAGCAACAGUGGAAGUGCGGGAAGUGCACACCCUGGCUUAGGGUCCAAUGCUGUUAAGCCCCCCAAGGAAUACGAUGAUACUAAUUUGUAUAUAGGAUACUUGCCUCCCAAUCUUGAUGAUGAUGGUUUGAUCAGUUUGUUUUCAUCUUAUGGUGAUAUUGUGAUGGCAAAGGUAAUUAAGGACCGGGUUACUGGACUGAGUAAAGGGUAUGGUUUUGUAAAGUAUGCCAAUGUUGACAUGGCGAACAAUGCUAUUAAGGGAAUGAAUGGUUAUCGUCUAGAGGGAAGAACCAUUGCUGUGAGAGUUGCUGGCAAGCCGCCACAACCUACCGUGCCUCCUGGUCCUCCAGCAUCAACAAUGCCCACUUAUCCCGUUUCAAGUCAGCCAGUUGGUGCCUAUCCAUCACAGCAAUUUACAACUGGAGGUCCCCUUCCAAAUGCUGCACCUGCUAGUUAUGCGGGAAAUCCAGUUCCAUGGGGACCACCAGUUCCUCCGCCUUAUGCUCCUUAUGCCCCCCCUCCUCCUCCUCCUCCUGGAUCAACCAUGUAUCCACCUGUUCCAGGUCAGCCUAUGCCUCCUUAUGGCUUGCAAUAUUCCGCACAAAUGCAGACAGUUCCCCCUGGUGUUCCACCUCCACCUGUGACGUCUAGUGAAACACCACAAAGUUUCCCACCUGGAGUGCAAUCUGAAAACAGCACGUCUGCUCCUGCUGUUCCUACAAAUAUCUAUGGGAACCCAAUGACUGCAAUUCCUCCAAAUUCACAAUCUGCAUAUCCAACAUCUUCGUUAGGUUACUCUUCUUAUUACAAUGCAGUUCCUCCCCCUCCUCCUCCUCCAGCACCUACAUCUUCGACGGACCAUGCUCACAGCAUUGGCAAUGUGCCUUGGGCACCAAAUCCUCCUUUGCCUCCCACAGUCUCCUCUGCAGAGAAAACAACCUAUGGUACAGAUGCUGAGUAUGAGAAGUUCAUGGCAGAGAUGAAGUGAUGCGGAUAUACUCCAUUGAUAGUUAUAUGCUGGGAGGACUGAUGUUUCUUGGAGCUCUUGUGAACCUGAUUUCUUACCUCUUGCCAUGACUUUGUUGGAAGUUUGGGACUCACAUCUUUAACCUUGCUGUACUGUUAUGAAAUUUGCAGAGAUUUGGAUAAAAGUUCAGUUCAUGAAGUUGCAUUCCAGAAAAGCCGUUCAAAUUUUAUUAAUAUUAAAUAUUCAGUGCACCUGUAGGACUUGGUUUUAUUUUCUAUGAAUUCUUAUUGGCCUCUAUUUUAUGUCUGAUUGCUAAUGUUUUACUAUGGUUCAUUUGUCAAACUUUGUUCAACAACUGGUUGCUGACAAUUUUGUUAUUACAUUUUAUUUCUCUGGGGGAUUGUUUAAUGGCUUUGUUCAUUGGCCUAGCCUCCUAAGCUAUUUUCUGGUUAUAAUGCCCUUCUAUUUGUAAGGAUAUAAAUUUGCCAAGUUGCCUCGCCUAGAAGCUCCCCUGGCAUUUGUUUCUCAUUUCCCUUUGUUGAAGGGUAAUUCCUUGUAUAUGAAGGCAGCUGGGGUAUGUGGAUUCUCUCUCAGUUAUAUAUAUCUGUUUGAAUGUUUUCUGUGCUUCCCCUUGUCUCAAUGUUACACUGAUGUAUCUUCUAAGUUCAGAUUUUGCAGGUGAAAGAAACCAUACUUGUCAUGGUAGCCACUGGGUUUUCGAUAUUGUUUUUCUGGGUCUUGAAUUGAGAAAAUAGCUCCUGUGAUUGCCGUAAUUACAAGAAACAAAUGUGAGGUGUUUGAUCUCAUCAAUCUAGGUUUUUUGUGGUUCAAAUUAAAGUUGAUAGGAUAGCUGUAAUUUUAGAGAGAAGUAGUCCAUGAGAAAAAGAGUAUGUAUUGAUUAUGGUGGGCAUUCAUUAAUUAGGCACAACUGAGCUGGUUUGAAAACGAGCAAUCAUUGGAGCUAGUAAUACUUCUUUAAUGGGUUUUGGUUGUUCUACUUGCCUGCUUAAGUUAGAAAUUGUAUUCUCUCAAUAGCUACUGGGGCCUUGUUGUGCAAAUUGAUGUAUGGAAUCUGUAUAACUGAGUUUGAUACUUCAUAUAGGUAACCUUUGAUGCUAGAAACCAUUUUUUUUAUUUAUAACCACUUGUUUGUCGAGGUUGUUUUGAGUCAGUAGGACCAUAAACGGUACAAGUGUGUUUUAUGGUAUUUCAGAGAUCAUUUGUUUAGACUAUUAGAUGGCAGAAUUCCAAAUUCCUUUUUUUUCUCUUAUGCAACUUUUACUUUUAACCCUUUUUGAACUGUUUAUAAUUUCCAUGCCAACUAUUGUUCAUAUAUCAAACCAUGUCAAGUAUUGUGCUACAUAGAUUUGGUUAUAUGUGCUUGCUGCAAUUUUAUUUUACUGGGGCAGAGUGUCGCACAGCUCCUUCCCCGGCUUUUAAACGUUUAAAUUUUGUUGCUGAUGCUUUGUAGAUCUUGCUCUCUCUCUCUCUCUCUCUUUCUCUCUCUGUGCACGUGUGUUAUUUGUGGUUUUUAAGGAUGAAUUUUGGUAUGGAGUGUUUAUGAAAAGAUGAAAUUAUUGUCCGAUCAAGUUAUUUUAAACUUCAUUGUUGGAUUUUAAAAAUUAUUGAGCAGGUAGUUUACAUUUCCAGGUUUUUUUUGUGAAUUUAAGAACAUCCAAUGUUGGUGUCUUAUAUUCUAUGCUUCAACUGAUUGACCACUUAUUUGGUUUACUUAUUUUGCUUGUUUGUUUUACGCUUGGCAAGGUGUUACUUGUAAACAAAUAUUAAUAUGCAUAUUGCUAAGUCUUUAUUUAAUGCUGAAAUCAACCAACCAUGGCUUUCUCUUGUCCUAGAUUUCUUGUUCUGUAAUCCAAGGAAUAGCUGGUAGGUUAAAGCUAAGGCAGACUGAUUCAGGGAGUGGAUUUGUAUUUUCUUGUAAUUUUCUUUUUCAACCUUAUCUGACCUUAUUUUGUAUAAGUUGGUCAGGGUACUCAUCUUUUGUGAUAUUAAGGAGUUUUGCAAGGUAUGUGUUGCUGUCACAAGCUUUUCUGGACUCCAAUCAAAGAUUUUUGGUGCAUCGGCAGCUAGCCUCCUAGAUAGAAUGGCCUUGGUUUCUUUUGUGAGUAAAGGAAUGAGAGAAAGGAUUUUACCAUUGGGACAGUGUGGGGUGUUAGGGAGUGGGUUUGUGGGGUUUGACGAUUUUUUAGCUCAGAACAAUCUUUUGCUGCGUAGGUGGUUUUUAUUUGAUCAUAGUAACGGUCAAAGUUAUGUCUUGUAUGUGACAUUUUAUUCACUAAUUUUAUUAGGUCAAA